UGGUUUGAUUAUGAAUUCCAACCUACUCUUCUCGUACACGUCAUUACAAUGAGACCAGCAGAAGGCGAUUCAGUACUUGAACAACUCGGAUAUCACGGAAUCAGUUACGUAGUUGUUACCAUACUAUUGCCCUAUGCAUUGAUGCUUAUAUUUUGCACCAGUGCCGGGAUUAUUGCUUAUCGAGGUUUUGUGCGACAAGAAGCGGAACUCUGUAAAAGAACUGAACGCAACACUAGGAAUACGAAGGGCAAAAAGAGUACCAAAGAAAAACAGAAAACGUCGAUUAACAAACGAAUCAUCCAACCCAAAGUGUCCGUUCUAAUAACUCUCUUUAUAAUGAUUGCUGCAUUUACAAUAACCUUACUGCCCUUUGCUGUUGUUAUGUUUCUGUUUAUGAAUGAAACGUUGGAUUGUUCAAAUUUUUCAAUCCCGUAUGCCAUUACAUUUUACGGAAGCUUAACAAACAGUUUUAUGAACGCCAUAAUAUACAGUUUUCGGGACAAGAGAUUUAGAAAAGCAGUCUCCCGUCUAUUUUGCUCUUGUCGCAAUGAAAGAAAUUCAAGUUUUUAUCGGGUAGAACAAGGCCCCAACAAACGAGCAUAGAUAGUCUCGGAGAACUAUAUGGUAUGAUAAAUGCAAACAAACUAUUCAAAAAUGAAUUUUUGUUCGAUUCAAUUUUAUUGGCACAGCGUGCCAAAUGGUAGGAAAUAGUUGAAAUCAUUUGUUACGUCCAGGUAGUUGCACUUGUCAUCUGAAUAGUAUUGUACUCGUAUUAGAAAAAUCACAAAUAUAUAUAUAUAUGUCAUUGCACCUAAAUUUUUAAACUAAAAUGUUAACAAUUCUGUUCUGUAAUAACCCUAUAGUAAUAUUUUCCAUGGUGUGAUAAUGAAGCGCAAUAAAACUAGUUUAUUUAGCUUAUAGAAAGAUACACUUUACUUGAUCAAAUGUAUUUAUUGGGAUUAUUUUCAUUAUUGCUCUAUUGUGAUUUUGCUAUUUUCUAUCAAUGAUAUUACACAUAAAUAACUGUG